AUGUCUCACAAGCUCGUCGAGCUAUUCUGGUUGGAUGAGACUCACGUCACAGGUGCUAGGGGUCCUAGCACAUGGCUGGCAGUUGGACAUCUUCCCCCGAUUAUCAGAGUCGUGCCAACUUGGCGCAUUUCAGAAGACUACAAGCCACAACAGCUUUCCACUUUAGUUGGUCACAGUGGACGUCUUGCAGCGCAAGCUUGCAAACGGUUUGCUCGUCCUACGCAGUCCCGCAGUUAUGCGACUGGAGCAGCCACAGCAGCCGCUGGUGGCGCUUUCAAGAGAGCAGCAGGUAUGUUGCUCGCUGGCGUAGGCGCAAGCACAGCAGGCGGUUUUGGAACAUGGUACACGAUGCAUUCGAACGGCAUGGGCUUUCACUCGGACGAAGAGAGCCUGCGACGCUUCGUCGCUAACCACGAAGAGGCGAAGAUGGUGGAAGAGACGAUCAACAAACACCCGCUCGUUGCAGAGCUCCGCGCCAACCCCGAACUCACCGAAUCGCGGCCGCACAUGAAAAUGCCCGGAUCAUACCGAAGUCGGAGCCUGACAGGAGGAGCGCUCAUCGGCGAGGGGAAAAUGCCAGUACCACCGUACGCCUGGAUGGCGCCCAAGGGCAAACAACUUGUGUCUAUAGCAUACGUCGGUGACGACCUGUGCGGCCACCCUGGCAUUGUACAUGGUGGCUUUCUGGCGACUAUGCUGGAUGAGGGCCUCGGACGUUGCUCCUUCGGUGCGCUGCCUCACAACAUCGCAGUUACAGCAAACCUCAAUGUCGACUAUCGCAAACCCACACCAGCGGGAAGCUUUCUGGUUCUUCGAGCGGAGACAUACAAGGUGGAAGGCCGCAAGGCCUGGGUUCGGGGCCAUAUCGAACUGCUGGCCGAGCCUGGCGAGAAGCCGACGAUAGUGGCCGAAGCGCAAGCACUAUUCAUCUCGCCAAAGUAUGCUGCGGUAAGUUAUAUAUGUCGUGUGAUACCGAUAUCCUAGAGAUGUUCUAAUGCGUCUUAUAGAUGAUGCCUAAAAUUGGAUAAACGAACAGAUGCCACGCGUUAUGACAACUUUUUCGAGCGAGCGACGGGAGUGACAGGUGCAUUUUAUAUGGUUGUGUUGCGGUAGACGAGGAACCUCGCAGUCGGCAGGUGACAUGAUAGAUGACAGAGCAUUUUACAAGAACACAUUCUAAUUACACAUAGAGCGUUUCCUUUGGGAAACUCGAUGGAGCGUGGCCUAUCGAUUUGUCUGCCAUGUAUUAUACAUAGAAAUAAUAUCAAGUUCUCCAUUUAA